AUGACUCGGAACUCCACAAUCAUGGCACACGCAGGCGGCGCCACCCACUCUACGCCGGCGCGGCGGUUUUCUCCUGAUCCACCUUCGACCGGAAAACGCAAGGGCCACCACGAUGCCUACGCUGGACACCACAGAACAAAGAAACAGAAGUUCGCUUCUGCAGAUAGCGAGACCCGUAUUCGAGUUCAUACCCUAAAACCCAAACUUCGCACACACCGUGAGUGGGAACACAGGCAUACGAGGUCCUUCGGAGGCAACGACGGGGGCCGUCCGAAGCUGCGCCGCCGCAGGACUCGCUGUCGGCGCAAGUGGACUUAUUCUACUCGGGACGUGUCCGAUUACAAGGACCGGGUUGUUAUUGUAUCGUAUAACAUACUUGCUGCUGAAAAUGCGAGAAAUCAUCCAGAAUUGUAUAGGGACGUGCGGCCAAAGCACUUGGAUUGGGAAUAUAGGAAGAAUAUUCUGUGUAAAGAAAUCAAGAAAUACCAAGCAAGUGUCUUGUGUUUCCAGGAAGUCGAUCACUUUGAUGAUCUUAACGAUUGUCUUGGAGAAGACGGCUUCAGAGGUUUGUACAAGGCUCGUGGGGGUGAAGCACGUGAUGGAUGCGCUAUAUUUUGGAAAUCUGAGCUAUUCACUCUGUUGCAUGAAGAGAACAUAGAGUUCGCGAGGUUUGGUCUUCGUCAAAACAUUGCACAAUUUUGUGUUUUGAAGAUGAAUAAAGACCUGGCCAGCACGGACGAUAUUGCACAGCCUCCAUGUGUUAUUACCUCUCCAAGUUUACUGGUUGGAAACAUACAUGUCCUGUACAACCCCAAGCGUGGAGACAUCAAAUUGGGUCAGAUGAGGAUAUUUCUUGAGAAAGCGUAUGAGUUAUCACAACAAUAUGGACAAAUACCAGUUAUUCUUACUGGGGACCUGAAUAGCUUGCCACAAAGUGCAAUAUAUCAGUUUUUGGCAUCAUCUGAGUUGAAUUUCCGACAGUUUGAUCGAACACACAUGUCUGGUCAGAUAUUUCCAUCUCGAUUCCUAGAACCCAAGUUUAAGGUUAAUCAUGUAACAAGUUCCUUGAUGAAUAGAUGGACUGAAGAAGAAAUAAUGCUAGCCACAGGAUCAAGACUCGGUGGUAAUCGAAGUCUAACGCAUCAUCUAAAACUCAGCAGUGCCUAUUCUGAAGUCCCUGGAAGCUCGGAGGUUAGGGAUAGAACUGGAGAACCGCUAGCAACAUCUUAUCAUUCCUUUUUCUGUGGAACAGUUGACUACAUAUGGCAUACUCCAGACCUUUUUCCGGUGAGAGUUCUUGAAACUUUGCCGAUGACCAGUUUAAAGCAAACAGGUGGUCUUCCAAGCAAGCAAUGGGGCAGUGACCACCUUGCAAUUGCAUGCGAACUUGCUUUACGUCGACGACGGCGAAAAAAAUUUUUGUCCUAG